CACAGCAUCAUCUCCACUCCGCUUCUUCCAGUCCACUCCAGCUCCUCUUUCCACUCACACGUCCAUCUUUCAGCUUGCCGACUGUGCUGUGGAUGCUGUAGGACAAAUGGCAGCGCCGACAGCCUCCCCCUCUCCUGCCCCAAGCGCUUCUGCCGUCACAUGCCUCACACCCGCCCUCGGCAGUUUGUUCAUCUCUACACCAAAGCCCAAGCCUAAGCCUAUGGACGCCACGGUCUCGUCUCUGACGCGCGACCUCUCCGCUCUAGCCAUCAAGUCGCCCUCGAAGCGCAAGUUGCACCCCAAGAGUUGCAAGAAGAAGCCGAAGAACGUCCCCGAAUUCCGGUAUCGGGUUGGUGCGAUCAGUUCACGCACUCGGCCCCCAUCGCGCGAGAGCUCGAGACCCCCAAAGCCCAAGUCCAAGCCCAAGGGACACGUGCACGUCCGCAUCGAAGCGCGCUCCCGCCGGCACGCGAUGCACCGCCGCCAUCGCGUCCCGUCACCGGCUCGAACAGUUUGAGUUCGGUUUCCAAGGUGUCCCAGGCAUCACUAAGCCCAUCACGUCAAUUGCGGAGGUGGGCGGCACAAGUGCGGCGAAUUUCGAUAAGCAAGCAAUCCUCCCAGGUUCCGUCGGAGCUGCUCCU